AUUAUAAAAUCGCCGCUGCAGCCAUGAGUCAACUAUAUCGCUGUUUGUCUGGACUCUGGUGCAUGUUCAUUUGGGUGUUUUAUUUUGAGGGAGGCGCCUUUAAUCACUGUCCUGAUGACGUACUGCCUGUUUAUUUGUCUUCAUAAUCUUAUGGUAAAUGCACAGACCUACAAGAUGGGCUUGAAAAUCUUGCUUUUUGUGCCUAAUAUUAUCGGUUAUAUAAGGAUACUCCUACUGCUGGUUUGCUGGUGGACUUUCAAUUAUCCUCUAGUGUUUUUUCCCUGUUACGUGGUUUUCAUUAUUCUUGAUGGGUUUGAUGGAUUUGCAGCUCGGCAACUAAAUCAAGUUUCUGAAUUUGGAGCUUGGUUUGAUGUUGCUAUUGACAACUUUGGGCGUACCAUGUUAUGGACCUUGCUCUUCAAGUGGGGACAUUUUGUAAGUAGCUUAGAGUGGUGUGUUUUUGUCUGUAUGCACAAUUCCAUGGGAGCGGACUGGAAGAACAAGUUUGGCGAAGGUCCAUGGUGGGUUCGGAAGACCAUGGCAAAUGGUUUUAAAACUCCUGUAGGAGCAUUUGCUAUCUUUGGAUUACACGUACUUCCGAUUUGGCUCUAUGGUUAUUAUAAUCAGAUUCUAUCGGUAGCAUUUUUGAUGCCUCUUACAAUGCAAUGUCUUAUCACUGCAUUUCUUGUUGCUGGAAGACUUCUGUGUGUGGCAGUGGAGUUCUGGUGUAUAUGCAUUCACAUUCUGUACCUCAUACGAAACGAGAAACCAAUCGAAGGAAAGUGAUGGACUGAUUGUAAAUUUACUUAAAACAACAUUUCCGGUUCAGGUAAUUGAUUCCUGCAACAUGAUUAAAGUUCUUACUGGAAGUUGAUUGUGGAACAUUUUGCAAUUUAGUAUGCCUCGAGAUUUGGGCAGGAUUAUGCAGAAAGAAGUAAAAGGUCAUGAAAAUUUCUUUUUUGGGUCUGGACCCUUCAGAAAUUCGGGUCCAGACCUGAAACGUCAGCUUUCCUGCUGCCCUGAUGCUGCCUGGCCUGCUGUGUUCCUGCAUGUCCAUACCUUAUUAUCACAGUUGUGGCAGUUUUGUAAUGAAUUCUGUAUUUUAUGAUUAAAACAUUUUUAAAAUUCAGGAUUUUAAAAGGUACUUUCUAAAAACAAUCCAUUUCUGCAUGCAGUUCUUCAUGAUAAACAGAAAUGGCUCAAUUUCUGCAGGCCACAGUGAACACCAAUGAAUAACUCCAUGAGGAAUAAUCCUCGUGUACUUUUUCCAAUAUUGUCAAACAAGUACAAAGCAUUUGAGCUACACUUGCUCAUUAUUACAAUAGAAUACUGAUGCCUGAAUUACCUUGAUUUUUAACUGCUAUAUGACCAGACAAAAAUAAGACAAAUUAAAACCAAUUCAUUCAGAGUUGCUCCUCAACACAAGUUGCAGUGCUUGGUUGAUGAUUUGAGACUUUAAAUUUAGGUUAUUUCCUUCUGGCUACUUAGUGAAACACAACUUAUUUAGUUCAUGUUUUUAAUGCCAACAAACCCACUCGUUAAUAGUUGAUAAAUUUUCUUGUUGGGUUUGUAGACAUGAACAGUAGAGAAAUUGCAAAUAUCGUUAAAGCAAGAAGGAAUUAAACCGGGUGGUAGCUGGGUAGAGGUAGAGUAUUCCACUCUACAGUGACUGCUUUGUCUUUAAAAGUAGAAAUAUAUUUUAGCUAUGCCUGCUUUGUUGAUGCAUUCAUUUUAAAGGUGAGACUGACAAGCACCUGCUUUUGAAUGUUAUGAGACAAACUGCUGAACACAUUCUGCAUUGCGCAAGGCCCCAGUUUAUACUACAGUGGCUAAUAGUUUUGCAUUUAUAAAAAAAAAGAAGUUUAAAUAGUACUAUUGUCUAUUUUAAGCAGCAGUAAUGGCCAGCAAUCCCACUAGCAGGGAGUGGGUAAGUUAGGUUCAUUUCCUGCUAUUGUUGUCAACUAUUAUGCCAUUAAUGAUCAUUUGUAAAAUGAUUGAAAGGAGAAAUUUGCCUCAAUUAUGACCAAAAUAGUUAGCAGAGAUCUUUUUAAGCCACAGCAUAAAUGUUUACACUAUACUGACGUGCAUAUAAUCCAACAAGUUCUUUAAUCAUAUUGAUGGCAAAACGGAAACUGUUAUGUACCUCUGCUUUGCUUUGACUUCUACAUUCAGGCGGGAUGACCAUUACAAAUAUUGCAAUGAUUGAAAUUACUUUUGUAGAUGACUUCUGAUUAGCCAUUAUGAUUUAAAAAUUGAAAUUAUUUGCUAUCUGCUUUUGUGAUUAACGACUCAAAAUUGUUAAUUUGAAGUUUAUUUUUGCUCAGUGGUGAUACUCAUUGUAGUAAUUGCAAUUGAAGUUAUCAUGACAAUAAAAUGCAGCAUUUAUCUGAACAAGGCAAUGAAUCUUAGUUUCCUCAAUUACAAGUUUCAGCUGUGCUG